GAUUAUUCCCUUAAGGUAUUUCCCAAUGUACUUUUACAAACUUUUGUUAAGACUGAUUUAACAGAAUUUCCCUCAGCUCGGACCAUAUUCACGUUGACUUUGAAUGAACUUUUAAGCCUUUUAAACGGCUUCGUGCAUUUCAUUGUAAAUUAUAUUGUCAGCAAUUCCUCAUGUAGUAAAUAAGUUAUGUGUUUGCUAAGCAGUCAUGUGCUUUGGGUUUACACAUGAGUGACCCUUCUGCAGAACUGAGUCUCUAUGAGUGCAACUAUGGGUGUGACUUCAAAAAAUGUUUUGCAUUAUCAUUCUUUAAGGUUUUUAACAGUCAAAAGCUGUCAAAAGACAACACGGCGGUUGGACAUGAAAAGCGGUUGGAAUGUUCUGGGAAAAGCUAGUUAUAUACGUCAAAAUAUUUUCCAUUACGUUUUUUAGUCUGAUUUUCAUUCAGAUAUUGUUCGAUUGAUGGCUAAAUCAUUAAUAUAUUAGCCAAUAGAAUAGUACACCUGCUCUCAUUUUAGUAAGCGACAGCUGGUGUUAUAAAAUAACCCAUAGGCCUACAAUCACUUCAAAACACACGGGUUACUUCAGUGCAGAGGUUCUCUGUAUUUGACUUCUAUCUCCACCUGGCGGUCAUGCAGCGAGCUGCAGUUCCAUUAGUUUGGUCUGAACAAUAUCUCUUUAUCGAUUACUCAUAUAAUGUCCAGCAAGUCUGACAUGACAUCAUCACACCAGCUGAAAUUCUGGUGUGAUCUAAUAAUAUUUAAAAAAAACCUUUAUUCGUUUAUACAAAUGAUACAUAAUUAUGUUGCUCUGUUCAUGACGCUACGCAGCACCUCUGAAUUGCAUGACAUUUUGUUUCUGUUCCUUUCAGACGCUGAUUUAUUACAGCUUCUCAUGUUAUUUUAUUGAUAAUAAGCUGUUUUCAGAAUGAGUUUAGCUUUCAGCAGGGCUCCCCGAAAGACUGCGGGAAACCGCAUGUCCAGACUGCUGGAUGCAGAAGAGGAAGAUGAGUUCUACAAAACCACCUACGGAGGAUUUCAAGAGGUGUCAGGUGAUGAAGAAUAUAAGGGUGACCUGUCUGAAACUGAGGACGAGGUGGACAGUGACUUUGACAUUGAUGAAGGUGACGAACCUGAUAGCGAGCAGGAGGAAGAUGGACCACGCAAAAAGAGCAGAGUGGUGACCAAAGCCUAUAAGGAGCCUGUUAAAGUUGUGAGGCAGAAACCGAAACAAAGGAAACUGACUGAGCUGCCCAGGAGGACAGACAAGGCAAAGAUAGACAAAUACAACCCGCCUGUACUACAGGAGGACAUCGGCAGGACAGAUGCGGUUAUCUCAGCACACAGCCCUGCAACUCCAUCAUACAGGAAGUCAGUGCGUCAGUCCACGACAGAACACACACGACUGACAUACCUGAGGCUGCAGGAGAGACAGGUGGCUCCACGGCGAAGGAAGGGCACCAGACAUGAGCGACCUUUGACCCAGGCUGAACUUUUGGCAGAGGCCAAGAUCACUGCAGAGAUUAAUCUACGAUCACUGGAAAAUUAUGAGCGUUUGGAGGCAGAUAAGAAACGACAUGUCCAUAUGAAGCGACAGUGUGUGGGUUCUGUUAUCCGGUAUCACUCUGUGCUCAUGCCCCUGGUGUCUGAUGUCACUCUCAAAGAGGAAAACGUGGAUGUAGAGGGGUUAGACCAAGAUGCCCAACCAAAUCCAGGCCCUCACCCUCCGCAAACUCUCUACCAAUCAGAAUCAACCGUUGCUGCGCCACAGAAUGCCCAAUCCACUGGCGCUGCUUUUGUAAAUAUUCUGCCACCAGGGACCGCCAAAUGCUCCCGCACCUACAUUACAUUCAGUGAUGAUAAAACCUUCCAACGGUGCUUUCCUAGGUCACCAGCUCCUCGCGUUCCUACCCGAGAGGUCUGCCCUGUAACCCACAAGCCUGCACUUUACCGAGACCCCAUCACAGACAUCCCGUACGCUAAUGUACAGGCCUUUAGGAUCAUCCGGGAAGCUUAUAAAAAAUAUGUGGCUGCCCACGGCCUGCCCUGCACUGCCACAGCGACUUCAUCUGACACUGUUGCAAAAAACCUUCGUCAGAAGAUCGUUAUCAAACAAGGAAUGUAACAAUUCGCAUACGAUCAAUGGGAAGAGAAAGAAAUGGCAGAUGUCAAACAGUGGUGCGUUACUGAAAGUUUUUGUUUAUCAAAUAUGUGACCCUGGACAACAAAGUCUUGUGGGUCAAUUUUUCGAAAUUGAGAUUUUUAAUCACAAAAUUUGGCUGGGAUACAACCGUUUAAAACUCACGAAUCUGAGGCUGCAGAAAAAUCUAAAUAUUGAGAAAAUUGCCUUCGAAGUUGUUAAUCAGGGGCACUGUGGCAGGCCAUCCACUCCCCAAAAUAAAGUUUUUACAUAUUUAAGGUAGGAAAUUUACCUUCAUGGAACAUGAUUAUUACUAAAUAUCCUAAUGAUUUUGGGCAUAAAUGAAAAAUCUAGAAUUUUGACCCAUACAAUGUUUUUUUGUCUUUUACUAAAAAUGUUCCCGUUCUACUUAAGACUGGUUUUGUGAUCCGGGGUCACAUAUGUCAUUUGAAUAAUAGCUAAGUCUGUUCUUUGGUGUCGUAGAACUUCAUAAGACCGUCACAGUAGGUAUCAAAUCUCUUUCCAGUGUAUUUGUAGUGGUAAUGAGCAGCUAAAUUUGAGGUAUUAUUCAAAAAAAAAAAUUUUAUAUUUAUUGUAUUCUUUGAUGUUUCAUUAAUUUUUUUACUUUCAAAUUUUGCUGUUAUAGCCUAUACCCCACACUGUAUUUAUUUUUAAUGGCACUGUUUUAAUUGAUUGUGAAAGUAAUGUGUCUAUAAUGUGUUAACAUGAUUGAAAAGCAGUAUAAUAAAUUGCUAUUAAAAUAU